AUGGUUGGCAUUCAAAAUCUCAUUGAUAGAUGUUUGGUGACAAUUGAUGAAUUUGACAAGGUGCUUAUGCAUGACCUGAUUUGUGGAAUGGGAAGAGAAAUUGUUAACCAAGAAUCAGAGGAGCCUUGGAAGCGUAGUAGAGUAUGGCAUCAUAAGGAUUCCUUCAAAAUCCUGUCGGAAAAUAAUGGUACGAGAACAAUUGAAGGUCUUGUGUUUGAUAUGCAUAUGCUCCCUACAAACAUUCUCAUAAACUCAAAUGAGAUAGUCUUGGAAACCAAUGCAUUUGCAAAGAUGCGGGAACUAAAACUACUCCAUCUUAGUCAUGUACAACUUAACGGAUCUUAUGCAGAAUUUUGUACAGGAUUAAGAUGGUUGUGUUGGACUAAGUUUCCUUUGGAUUCUAUACCCACCGAGUUUUCUUUGAGGAGCCUGGUUGUUCUUGAAAUGAGAUAUAGCAGCUUGAGGCAAGUCUGCAAAGGAACAAAAUGUCUUCCAUCAUUGAAGAUUCUUGAUCUCAGCCAUUCUCAUUCCCUUACAGAAACCACUGACUUCUCAUUCUGCCCAAAUCUAGAGAAACUUAUUCUUACAGAUUGUGUGAGCUUGAUUUAUGUCCAUGGAUCCAUUGGAAACCUUGAGAGACUUGUUUACCUGAAUACGAAGGAUUGCAAAAAUCUUAAGAUGCUUCCAGAGAACAUAUGUAUGCUAAAAUUACUUGAAACACUUAUUAUAUCUGGUUGCACAAGUCUUAAUGAGUUAUCAAUUGAGAUGUUGAGGAACAUUGAAUCUCUGAAAGUGCUUGAUACGGAUGGAAUUCUGAUAGGUGAACUAGUCCCAGGAAGAAGUUCAUGUUUCUUGAGUUCUUUAACAUGCUCUUUAGUUGAUUUAAAUCUUCAGAAGUGCAAUAUUUCGAAUGAUGCCUUUCCAAGGGAAUUUAGUAAUCUAUCCUCAUUGCGAAGACUAAAUGUAGGUUACAAUCCAAUUUGUAGCCUACCAAAUUGCAUCAAAGGUUUAACGAGGCUCAAUGAACUUUCUUUUUGGGGAUGUGGGAGUUUGAAAUUGCUUGAGGGAUUACCAAAAGUGGCCACGUUGAAUGUGGCAGAUUGCUUUUCAUUGGAAAAAAUAACAUAUCAAUGCCGUCGGUCCAGAACACGUACCAUGUUGUUAAACAAUCGCAACCUAGUUGAGUGGGAGAAUAUGUACAAGCUAGAACCCAUUGGAAGUGUUGAUGCAGAAAUGAUUAACCUUUUGGGCUUGUCAAACUUGGAAUCCAUGGCACCCAUUCGGAUGGGCAAACGAAAUUGGACGUCUGCAAAGGAUGUUUGGAAUCCCGUCGAGGGGCUAUAUCAAAAGGGUAUAUUCAGCACAUUUUUUGCUGGGAAUGAGGUUCCAGGGCAGUUCAGCCACAAAAGUACAAAGUCCCCGAUAUCUUUUACCGUGCCAUUACUUGACAAUCAAAGAAUUCAAGGCUUGAAGGUCUUCGUUGUCUAUACAAACUUGCAUGCUAAUUAUUCUGCUGGAGCUUCACCUGGGCCACCUGGGCCACUAGUUACUAAAGUCAGAAAUAAGAGCAAGGGUCUGAAGUGGAUCUAUUGCCCAAUAUUCUAUGGUAUUCCAGGUGAAGGAGAAGACAUGAUAUGGUUAAGCCUCUGGAAGUUGGAGGAGCAGGUUCACUUAGAAGGUGGCGAUGAAGUGGUUGUUUCAGUAAUUAUGCAACCUUGGCUUCAGGUAAAGGAGUUUGGCAUCCAGCUUGUGCAGCAGCUGCAACAAGAGAAUCAUAAUAUGAUGACUGUUUCCACAGAUGCUUCUUAUUAUCCACGUGUCAGCAGUGGAAAUUUGGGUCAAUAUCAGCCAGGAGUAUACUUGCUUUUUAGCAGAAAUGAAAUGGAAGAUCCGAUUUGGUUUAAUAAGAUCCUUGAGGACUCUGAUGAUGAAGAUACGACGGUCAAAGAAGAAGAGCAACAUUAUGAUCAGACAAUUGCAGUCACGACAAGCAGCAAAUCCGGCGGCCUCCGUGGCUGGAAGGGGAAGGUGCUGAAAAGAGCCAAAAUCUCAAGCGCAUUACAAAUCUCAGUACCAUAUGUUUAA